UGUGACGAUUGUACCGGCUCAAUACAGUAGUGUAUCGGCGUGAAAUCAUACAUCAGACAGAGACUAUUUUGAUUUAUUUAUCUUAAAAAGUGAACAUGGAACUUAUUUGUACUGAAAAUCUCGAGAAUACUUGCAGAGCUACGCGAGACAAAGCUAUUUUUCAUGAUAUUCGUGUACUGAACAAUUUGUUAAACGAGGAAGUGUUCUCAAUCCCAAAGUGUAAUUAUUUUGAAAAGGUACAAAACGAUGUUCAACCCUUCAUGAGAAAAGUGGUGACUACUUGGAUGUUAGAGGUUUGUGAAGAGCAGAUGUGUGAAGACCAGGUCUUGCCUUUGGCUAUCAACAUCAUGGACAGAUUUCUGUGCAUUUGUGAAAUCAAGAGACAACAAUUGCAGCUACUUGGUGCCACCUGCCUUCUGAUCGCUUCCAAGGUUAGAAGUACGAAUCUGCUCCCCAUCGAUCUUCUCUGUGCCUAUACUGAUUACAGUGUCUCUUAUGAAAACAUAGCGAGUUGGGAACUGCUCGUGUUGUCCAAACUGCAGUGGAACGCAUCUGCAAUCACCGGCUUUGACUACAUCGACCAAGUCCUGGAAAGGUGUUCAUGGGGACACGCAAGCCAACUUUUACGACGACACGCCCUCACAUUGAUCCCGAUUUGUUAUACCGAGCCGAAUUUGAUCCAGACUCCACCAUCCGUCAUAGCAGCAUCCUGCAUCAGCUCCGCAGUAAGAGGUCUUAAGCUCAUGUUCUCAGAAAUAGCAAUCAGAGACGUCUGCAGCUUACUUAACGUCAAUCCCCAGGCCGUCGAAGUGGUAGUAGCAGUAAUCGACAGCGCAGUUGCAAAAGUACUACCUAAAUCCACAACACCAGAACCAAACACAAUCCAGGGAUACGAAAGCCCGCAGUAUGGACAACCGGAGACACCCACAGAAGUGGAGAACAUUGAAUUUUAGUUGUUUUUAUAGAUAUAAUAUGUUCAUACUUUGCAGACAGAAAUGUCUUGUGUUGUUUAACUGUGUAAAACAGUUUAGUGGAAAAUCAAAUGAUGUACCAAGUUACUGACAUGUUUAAACACAUAUAAUUGCAUAAAUUUAUUACGUGUGCUCGAUAAAUAUUUAGUAAUAUGGACAAAUUAGACGUUUUUCUUGUAAACAUGAAAAAUUCGCUUUAAAAGACUGAUUUUCUAACCAAAUAUACUUUACCCAAAGCUCUCUUUAGAUCGAUAGAUUUAAACAAUUUGUGUUGAGUGAACAAACCGGUACAUCGUUUGAUUUAUUGUACUUUUAUUACUCGUUGACUGCGGAAUGCAAAUUUGUUUGUGUUAUUUAAUGUUUAAUUAUUUUAUUCGUGAAGUUAAGCGUGUUUUGAAAAAUGUUUGAUAACAGAAAUAAGCUUUUAUAUAAAACUUUACGACAAAAUUGACGAAUCAGCAAAUCAAUAACUGAAUUGAAUUUAGUAUAAAAAUAAGAAAACUAUAAAAGUAAGGUUUACAAAAGAAGCGCAAAAGUUUGAAAGAGAUCAAAGAGUGAGAAAAACGAAGCUGAUGAGAUCCAGAUCAAUAGACUUAACGCAUUAAUAACUGAAGCACCCACAAAAUUUUUUUCAUCUUAUACUACAACACAAACACAACUUUUAGCAUUGGUUUUCUUCUUUGUAGGGAAUCUGUUACACCUUGUUGGUCGCCCCUUCACUAAUUCCUACUGCUUGGAUAGCAACAUCAUCAACAAAGUGGCAACUGUGUUGUCUUCCAACUCAGCUAUAUCACACGUGUUUUAAUAAGUAUAGGACCGGAUCCAACACACUGCCUCGUGGAACACCUGCUCUGCUUUCUUUUAAGUGUGAAAAAUAGUCUUCCUGGUUAAUUCUAAAAUGUCGUUCAUUUUAGUAUGACUGUAAAAGUUGUGAGUAUUGUUUGGUCAAAAAACUUUUUAAUUUAUGUAUUAUAUCUUCAUGCCAGACUUUAUCAAUAGCCUGUGCAGCAUCAAGAAAGACAGUUGAACAGACUUUCUUUUUUUCUAGCGAAGAUGUUGAUGUUGAGUCUACGUAUUUUUCACGGAUUACAAGUAUCUGCAUCACAUUUUAUAUAAAUUUUAUUCUGAGCAAUUUUGAGAAACAGCUUCAACAUACGGGACAAGAGACUGGUUCCAUCGAAAGUUGUUACAUUUUUGGUGUUAUGGUAUUCAGAUAUGGCUUAUCCGAUAACACUUGUUUCCUAGAAACGGAUAGCUAUGGUUCUAGAGUCUACGGUUUUCAAAAUCAAUUAUUCUGUGAUCUCUUUGAAGACCUAGAGCUGAAAUUAAAUUGUAAUUUUGAACGGAAAUGGAAUGCUCAUAAAUCCUAUUUUGGAUUCCACGAUUGGUUUGGCCUAUGUAAAAUAGGAUUUCAGUUUUGACAUUUUCCAAUUUACCUGAAAGAAUUUACUCAGAACUAUUAAAUUUGAUUAAAUACAAACUUUCAAUAACGAAACAAAUUGCCGAUUCGUUGAUUUUGCCGGAAGUAUUUACUUUUUGAUCUCUUCAAUUACCAGUAGUUAUUUUUUAACAAUUAGCUAGAUUAUAAUGUAUGAUCUCAAAUAAAUAAGUGCCUUAUGUUAGUGUAAUGGCAUCACAAAAAUAUUUUAUCAUUUGCUAGAUAUUUUAUUUCUUAAAGUAAAGAAAGUUGAGAAAAGUGGUUUUCUUAUUUACAAUGUAUAUUUUGUCUAAACUUUGUUUCACGUUAAGGGCGGAACAUUGCGCUUAUUGAGAUCAGUGUUGCCAAACCUCUCGGGACGGGUGGCUACUCGACUGCCGAUAUACGAUUCAUUACUAAUCAGUACGGCGUGGCAUCGGCGCGCUUCUAUCGUUCAUAAGAAAUACGUUGGCCUAUCUAAGCAACGUUCUAUUCUUAACGUGAAACGCUGUAUAGGGAUUGACUAACCACUCUAAAUUUAGGUAUUGUUUUAUGAAAUUGUUUUACUGUUACCGGUGUCGCCUGGUAUGUUUUUCCGUACUUUUAAAUAGUUAUUUUAUAAAAACUUUCUUGUUGUUUUAAUAAAAAAUAUCAUUGUAAAUGACUUGAAACAAGUGAUAAAAGUUGUAAAGUAUACAAAUUUUUGUGAUGUUUACUUUUACAAGGAAAGUCAAGGAAACGGUACCAUUUACGUGUUUUUGAUUAUUGGAAUCCCAAACAUUCAUAUCUACACCAAACCUUUCAUAUUUGCUUUAUUAUAACAGUUGAUUGAUAAAUUAUUAUUCUAUAGCAAGAGAAGACUCAAAUGUAAUUUCUUCUAAUCUAUUUUCUCUUCAUUUGAGUUAUUCUUUCUUACUUUUUGGCUUAUUAUAUAUGAUUCCAAUGUACUUCUAAAAUUGUAUUUCUAAAACUUUAAAAAGGGGGUAAACCCUGUAGUUGGUUGUAUACCUUCAAUAUAACAACGUGGAAUGAAGUAAACACUUCUGUUGUAUGUAGGCAUCUGAAUUUAUUAAAAUUCCUUAAAAUUUAUCCACAAGGGAGUGGAAGUACAAAACGUUUUCGGUCAAACUGAUCAUCAUCAGUGUAAACCUGGAAAUAGUGAACCACUAAGAUUAAAAAGCAAAAGGGUGAAUAAAAUUUUGACAGUUGAAAAAAUUUAAGAAAAUGUGGUUACUUACAUCCAGUGUACAAGUAAUUGAAACUAGCUAUGCCUAUUGAAGUGGCUAGUUUCAAUUACUUGUACAUUGGACGUAAGUAACCACAUUUUCUUAAAUUUUUUCAACUGUCAAAAUUUCACCCUUUUGCUUUUUAAUCUUAGUGGUUCAUUUAUUUCCAGGUUUACACUGAUGAUGAACAGUUUGACCGAAAACGUUUUGUACUUCCACUCCCUUGUGGAUAAAUUUUAAGGAUUUUUAAUAAAUUCAUAUGCCUACAUACAACAGAAGUGUUUACUUCAUUCCACGUUGUAAUUGUAUUUCUUUUUGUAUUUACAACGAUUUUUUUGGCCUUAAAAUACAAUAUAUCCGCAAUAGCUUCCUCAUUUAAUCCAAGUUUCUUUCCUGUAGCAUCUUUUUGAGGUCUAUUAACAGAUCUGAAGAAUAUGCUUUAUUUGAAGUGCAAUUCGAAGAUACAGUGCAUUGUCCUGGUUUCUUCUUCAUUGGUAUUCGUUUUCUAGCAAUUUCCUCUUUCAAAAGCACCAUAGCAAUAUGUAAUAUUUGCUAUUGAUGUUUCCUCAUUUCUAGAGAAUUGCCAAAGUGAAACGAGAUACUUUGCGCAUCCAAAAAUACAAAACCAAAUUCUCUUCAGUUGAUAUUUGGACGGUUUGUACCUGCUGCUGUCCAUUGAGUUGAUUGUAGAUUUGACUCACGUUUCAUUUAUUUUGACCGUUCGACGCAAAAACUCCUGAAGCAGUUUCAAACAACCAUACAACGUUCUGGAUCGUAUUUACGUUGAUCGAGUGUGAACAAACCGCACCCUCAGUAAUAUAGAAGCACAAUUCAAAAAAGUAGAUUUUUGGGAAAUCGCGUUUAAAGAUUCUGGUUUCCAAAAUUAUAGCUAUUUUUUCAAAUAACAUGCUUAUUAUUUGAGUUAUAAAUGUGAAAUUUGGCAGAUUUGUUAUUUGAUAAUUGCACUAUAAAUAGCGAUGAGAAAAAAAUUAAUAUAAAUAAAUUCCAUUAAUUACAUGUAAUUGAAAAAAA